ACACACACACACACACUGAUUGUUCAGGUUCUGACCAGCACCCAUCAGUACCGGUGAAACAUGCCAUCUCGCAGCAUGGAGUGUGACGCGUCCACGCUAAUAGCCUGCAUGGUGGACGUGGAGGUCUUCACCAACCAGGAGGUCAAGGAGAUGUUCGAGACCCUGUUCCUGGUGUAUGACCACAACGCCACCUUCCAGCUGUUCAAGAGUUUCCGGCGUGUGCGCAUCAACUUCAGCAGCCCCAAAGCGGCAGCCAGCGCCAGGAUAGAGCUGCAUGAAACGCCCUUCAGGGGCAAGAAGCUCAAGCUCUACUUCGCCCAGGUCCAAAACCCUGUCUCCGAUGGUGACAACCUGCAUCUGGCUCCGCCCCAGCCCUCCAAGCAGUUCCUCAUCUCUCCACCCGGAUCCCCUCCCAUUGGCUGGGAACAGAUCGACGAGGCCACGCCCGUCAUCAACUACGACCUCCUGUACGCCGUCGCCAAACUGGGCCCAGGGCCUCUCAGCUGGCUGUCAGAGUCACCUAUUUAUACCUCCAAGAGCCAAGCAUCGCCUAGACAGAGCUGUUCCUCAGGACUUUACCGAGAGAAGUUUGAGUUGCACGCCGGCACAGAGUCCACCCCCAGCGUGGUCGUUCACGUGUGCGACAGCGACGCAGAGGAAGAGGAGGAACCAAAGAUCUGCGCCAAACCAAAAAUCAUCCAGACCCGGCGCCCCGACCUGCCUGUGUCCCACUGAACUCCCUCCCCCUCCCCCCGCCCGCUCCCCACUCCCCACUCCCU